AUGACCAGUAAUAAGAAGUCCAAACGCCCUCUUUAUGACAAUAAUAAACAAGAUGAUAAUGAACGAGAAAGACCACUAAAACGCGAAAAUACAAAAACCAAACGCGAUUUUAUUGUUUACAAAAAACAAAAAAGUAACAAUAAGAAAAGUACAAAGGAAAUAUAUCAAGAUAACCAAGUAUCAAAUCAAAAGAAGCAUAUACCCGAUUCAAUUGACAUAAUUCAAGAACAAAGAAAUAAUGAUCAAGUAUUUACUUUGCAAGCACAAAUAGAUGAUAUAAAAAAAUUGCUUAUGAUGACGCUUGAAAAUGACAAAAAUAUAAGAGAACAUUCCAUCACACCCCAAUAUAAUUAUGAACAGACCAGUUCUUCAAAAAACACAGAUAAGGGUUUAUCCAAAACUCAACAUGUAAAGGGUUCGGUAAUUCUUCUAGAUUUUGAUUCUGAACAAAGUGAUAAUAGAAAAAAUCAGAAAAGAGUAAAUAAUAUAGUAACCAUAAAAAGACCUAAAACCACUCCUUCACGUCAAUUAAAAAUACAGCCAAUUAAAGAAAAAGAUAUGAACAAGAAACUUAGGGAUGCAUUAAGAAAUGAAAUAGUUGGGAUUGUUAAAAGGCUUCUGGUAGAAUACCAGCUGGAUAUUAAUAAGACUUAUGAAAAUCAAAAGGAUAUCGUUAACAAUCAUAUAAUUUCUGUUAUACAAAAGACAAUUAAUAAGAAAACAUUUCCAGUAGUUGAUGGUGUAAUCAAGCAUAUAAUUCAUGAACAACAUCAUCAUAAAAGAGAAUAUGUUCUAAAUCAACAAAGAGGUACUGAUUGGAAUGAUAAUGAAAGAAAAAGGAAACAUGCUAAUUCGCGACAUUUUGAAAUAAGUAAAAAAUCGGCUGUUCUUUAUUAA